AUUGAACUAACAAACUCGGUGUAUUUUUCAACAAUGUGGUUAACUAGUGCUGCUUUACUUCUAAAUAUUGCACUUCAAUGGAAUGGCUUCCAUAAAUUUGCAAAACUGCAACAAGAUGCAACCAACUGGAGGAGAAAGAUGAUGAUUCUCUUCUAUUUCUAUUGACUAAAAGAAAGCAAAUAUUGAACGAACUCCAUCAGGACACGCAUUAAGGUCCGAAGGUAUAUAAAAAAGAACUUACCGCUGAGAGUCAAAAUCCUAUAAAAAAUGCAAGACGUAGCACCCAAACCAAAAUAAC